UGACAUGUAACCUGAUGCCGGUGAUCUGAGGCAAAGUCCGUCAGAGAAUCGUUAAACUAACGGAAAAUAAAUAGAUUUAAAGUAUGUCAGUGACAUUAAACUGACACUGCAGUUUUAUAGAAGUUACAUUUUUGACUAAGAAACUGUUUUAACAGAUUUAAAGACACAUUUCGCGUUAAAGACGACUGAAGUUUAUCGCUAACGUUAGCUAACGCUGUUGUCUGAGUAGCUACCGAAGCUAACGCGAGCUAACAGGAUUAGCUCUGUGGGAUUAACACAAAAUAAAGGUGUACUGAUGGCCGUGAGGAGGAGCACCGGGUCGCGACACACUGGGGAGCUGUAAAGGAUGCUCCAGGGGCCGUACACCAGCCUGGACCGGGACCGUCCCCUCAUCCGGCUCCCUUUCACCAGCUUCGCCGUGGGGACGGUGCUGCUGCCUCUGACCGGCCUCAUCGCCUGCCUCUUCAUUUCACUGGUGUACCACUUUGAGGAUGCAACGUUCACACACUGUCAUGUAUCAAACUACCUCCCGUCCAUUAGUGCCGCCAUCAGUCGUGUUCCAGAGCGCUACAUCUGGCGUGGCUGCAUCGGUCUGCACUCGGCACCGCGCUACCUGGUGUCCGCAGCCUACUUCAGCUUCUACCGCGGCCGCUUUGCCAAGAGACUGCCAGAGCUUCUGCUGAGUGGGCUGGCUCUCCUCUGCAGCCUCGCCGAGAACACCGGCCUGCUGCUGCUCACAUACGUGGCGUCCACCGAAACCUACAAUGUUCACAAAAAUGGUUUCAUCAUGUUCAUCGGGAGCUCGCUGGUGCACAUGCUCAUUACAUGCAGACUGUGGCAGGUGAUCAGGAGACACUAUGUGAACCCAGAGGAAAUGACAUCAUACCGCUGGAAGGUGCGUCUCUUCCUGUUUAACAUCAGCUGUUGUCUGGCUGCCGCUUACUUCUUCAGACGCCACAACAAGUACUGUGAGACAGGAGUCUACACCCUCUUCGCCUUCUUUGAGUACCUGGUGGUCUUCUCCAACAUGGCGUUCCACAUGACGGCGUUCUGGGACUUUGGGAGUAAGGAGGUGAUCGUGGCGACGCCUCCUGAAGACAAACGGUUCUGAGCCGCAGCCUCACCUGUGGACUGUUUAAAGAAAAGGUGAAAAGAAACCUGCCAACGAGACGCCAGGUCAAAGCUGCGUGUGAACACAUGAAGGCGUCCAACUGAUCACACUUCUCAUCAUUCCAACGACACGUCUGUGCUCUUACACCUGCUGAUGAAGCAGAGUCGUGACGGUGAUUAUGGUUCAAACAUUUUUAUAAAAACUUCAGCGAUACCACAAAUGUCCUGAGCUCUGUGGAGGACGAAACAUGACUUAAGUAUCAAUAAAUAAAUACAGGAGUAAAUAAAUAAUUUAAUGACUAAAGAGAUAAAUAAAUGAAUAUAUAAAUAAAUGUAUAAAUACAAGAAUAAAUAAAUUAAUAUGGAAAUGAAUAAUUAAAAAAUAAAUAAAUGCACUAAAAAUAUUAAAAAUUUAAAAUAGAUGUUAAAAUAUAUAUGGAAAUAAUUAGAUUAAUGCAUUAAUAAAUUAAAAUAAAAGUUGAUCAUGAAACAGGACAAAUUUAUGUAUUUUAAAUGUAUUUCUACAUGUUUGUACAGCUACUUUUAUUUAUUUAUAUAUUUCUGUGUCUGAAUGUUAAUAAGGUAGGAGGUCCUAAUCUCUGCAUUUAUUUCUUUAUUCCUUUAUAUAUAUUUAAGCAUUUAUUUAUUCUGUCAUUUAUUAUUUAUUCUCAUUCAAUACAUUUAUUUUUUGAUACUGAUGUUAUUUUCUGUCCUCCACAGAGCACAUUAGUCUACAAAAAACUUUUCAAACAUUAAGAAACGACUUCUUAAAAGCGUUUAUGUGUAAUGUUAUUAUUUUUAUUAUUAUCUAAUUAGUUGGCCGUGCUCGUCCUGAUAUGAGCCUUUAAACUUACACGUAAUAAUAAUAAAUUGCUGCAAAAGGUCUUAAUACACGCUGAUGUUUCACUGCGCCUUCAACAGAGCUGUCACGUCGGGGUUUUCUACUUCAAAUUUUACAGUGGUUUCUGCUAGUGGCAGCCAUGUUGCUAACUCUAGCUAAUGCUAACACUAGCAGUGUGUCUCAGAUCACAUACUUUCGUACUAAACACUUAAUAUUUUGAGUGCACAAGUGCGUCUACAGACUCUACACUGUAUAGCCUGGAGAAUGCAGUGUACUACUGGUGGUGUAAAAGUUGAUUGUGGAAUGAUGGACCUCUCAUCCUCAACGGUCGCCAUCUUUGUGAUGUAACAGACUUCUCAGUGUUUGACAUGGCGGCUGGAGACACCAAGGAGCUCGUUAGUUGUACCUGGCACUAAGCACCAAAACUGUUGUCAAAUAGAAGCCAUCAGUAAUGUUUGUUGGGUCUGUGAUGACACACAAUAAUGUGAGUGCCAACGUUAGCUUGCUAGCUAACAUUAGCAUUCACUAACUAGCUAACUUGCUUCUAGCUACGGCACAUUUAAUCAGCCUUGAUGUACUUUCGGUUUAUGUGUGGGCGGAGAUAGCGGUCAAAUGUUGACGAUAAUGCUCCACUGUCUGUUUGCAAUUUAAAAAGAAGACGAAGAAGAAGAGGCGGUUGGAAAAAAAAAAAGCCAUUGUCACUUCUGGGAAGUGCAAAACACUGGUG